AUGGCUUGCUGCUUGAAGGACGAGCUCCUCUGUUCCAUCUGCCUCAGCAUCUACCAGGACCCCGUCAGCUUUGGGUGCGAGCACUACUUCUGCAGAAGCUGCAUCACCGAGCACUGGAGCAGGCAGGAGCUUCACGGAGUGCGGGACUGUCCCGAGUGCCGGAGGACCUUCACCGAUCCCCUGCUCUCACCGAGUCUCAAGUUGUCCAACAUUGUGGAGCGCUACUCGGCCUUCCCGCUGGACGCCAUCCUCAACGCUCAGCGGAGCUCCUACCCCUGCAAGGACCACGAGAAGGUCAAGCUCUUCUGCCUCACCGACAAAAGCCUGGUGUGCUUCUUCUGCGACGAGCCGGCGCUGCACGAGCAGCACCAAGUGACGACUAUCGACGAGGCCUACGAGGAGAUACAGGUAGCCAGCCUCCUGUCUCCAAGGGCUGCAGACACCCUCUCAGUGCCUCACAGCCCGCUGGGCCAAAGCAGCAGCAACAUCACUCAGAGACUGAUAGCUGGGCUGCUGCAAUCCUCCUCCUCCUCCUCCUUCUCCACACCACCGUUUUUUCGACUCUCAACUAGUAAAUCACCUUUUUUUCAGUCCUCAGCCAAGAGUCUGCGCGCAACCAUCGGCGACGCAUUCGAACGCCUUCACCGCUUCCUGCGCGAGCGUCAGAAGAGCAUGCUGGAGGAGCUGGAGAUGGACACGGCCCGCAAGCUGUCCGACAUCGAGCACAAGAUCCAGCGCUACAGCCAGCAGCUGCGCGACGUCAAGGAGGGCAUCCAGAUCCUGCAGGAGCGCCUCAACGAGACGGGGAGGCACGACUUCCUGGAGGGAAUAGCCGUCACAUCUGAGAGAAUUAAAGGGAAGAUACAUGAGACCAAUCUGACAUAUGAAGACUUCCCGACAUCCAAGUACAUGGGGCCCUUACAGUACACGAUAUGGAAGUCUCUCUUCCAGGAUAUCUCACCAGUGCCAGCACCGUUGACCCUCGACCCCAUAACAGCCCAUCAAAGACUGAUCCUGUCAGACGACUGUACUAUAGUGGCCUACGGGAAUCUCCAUCCACAGCCGCUGCAGGACUCCCCGCGCCGCUUUGACGUGGAGGUGUCCGUGCUGGGCGCUGAAGGCUUCGUGUCGGGCGUCCAUUACUGGGAGGUGAUGGUGUCGGAGAAGACCCAGUGGAUGAUCGGUGUGGCCCACGAGACAGUCAGCCGCAAGGGCAGCAUCCAGAUCCAGCCCAGCCGCGGCUUCUACUGUAUCGUUAUGCACGACGGCAACCAGUAUAGCGCCUGCACCGAGCCGUGGACCCGCCUGAAUGUAAAGAGUAAGCUGGAGAAGGUGGGGGUGUACCUAGACUACCACAAAGGCCUGCUCAUCUUCUACAAUGCAGACGACAUGUCCUGGCUCUAUACCUACCGGGAGAAAUUCCCCGCCAAGGUCUUCCCUUACUUCAGCCCGGGCCAGAGCCACGCCAACGGCAAGAAUGUGCAGCCGCUGCGUAUCAACACUGUGCGCCUUUAAGAGCUGCAUCACACGUCUGCGCUCGAGAUUGUCCUGACGGAUAAUUCACAGGACUUCAAAAGAUUCUUAAGAAAUCAAUUUUUCAAAAUGUUUAAUAGGGUGUGUGAAAUGUUUAUUUCUUUCAGUUCACUUAAGAAUCGUGCUUGAUGUUGCUCUUAAGACCCGCGCUGUUAUUUUUGUGGGACUUGAAACGACCGUACCAUAAUGGCGUGCACUUGAGCCUCAUUCCACAUCUUUAAUUGAAAAGAGGACACUAAGUGGAGACGGAGGGACCCCUGGGCUCUUCUGGCGUCUGUGGCAGUGAUUCCUCUUAAAGCCCCAGGCCCACCUUGCACACUCUCAGGGGGCACCGCUCUCCUUAUCAAGCCCCAGGCUUGUCCGACUUGUCUCCUCUCUUUCCAGGCAAGAGGACACUGAAGACGGGUCAGUCUUCUUCUCUGUGCUGUACAAUCGGCUUAGCUUUGUGUGUGGAAUGUGUUUGACAGCACUCUGCUUUUGUUUGGCCAGCAGUAGACCUUGAACUCCAGGUCUGUUGGCACUUUUUACUCCCGUCUGAGUCCAUGGCCUCUGUUCCUCCUGCGGGUCACAUCCACAUGUGUCUAUUCAGUCUUUAUCACGGCGAGGAAAGCUCUCGUUCGAUGUGCAGCAGCGAGUAUCCAUGUCCCAGCCCUACCCAUGUAGUGUUUGGAGGUGGAGGUUGUCCAGAAAUAUGCUGCUACUGAUGGAGUGAGGAUCUGCAUGUUUGUAUAUAAAGUAUCAAGGGUUAAAAACAGUCUCUCAUCAUGCUGGCUCAUGUUUAAGUUUCUGCACCGAAACCUCAAGUAUGCUAGUCAUCAGCAUACGCUACACCUGUGGGUUAUUCAAGUACAUGACUGCUUUCAGUCGUGAUGUCUGAUCUUUUUGUCUUCAAAUCAAAAGAAUGUUAAACCAUGCAGUCUGAGUAGAUGGCCCCGUGAGUUGGCGACCUCUAUAGGCUGCUCACACUGCUGUGCUAUCCUUAGCCCUGGGCUAAGAGUUGGAACCUGGGGAUAACUUUGCUGCUUUUCACACGCACGUUGUUAAAACCCAGGGUUAACCUAAGCCCGGGGCUAUACGAUCCACACUGCACUUCUACUAGCCCUGGGUUAAAUGUCCGUUGGAACAUGUGACUAAUGUUUACAUUCUAGAAUGAUGUGUGACUACUCCGAUUGGACAACAAAAACAUGACGCAAAUCCCAUUGUUUCACACUGGCAACUUUUAGCCCUGUGUUUAGUCGAUUUUCAGGCGAUAACCCCGCAAACUGGAAUCUGACCCUGCUCCGGAGCAGCACAUGCAAGCCCUAGGCUAACGUCGGGGUUAGCCCUGUUUGGAAUGUGCCGGUGUGAAAGCUCAGUGCAUUGUGAAAAGCCCUAUUGUUGUAAAAGCUUAACUUCUCCGAUUUGAAAAUCGAAAAGGCUAAAAGAUGAAUUAUUACUCUAAAAUUCUACAGAGGCCGACUGAUCUCUCUUAUUUGAAAUCAUGUAAUUAUAAAUGAAAUCAAGCUGGAUACUUUGGGAAGUGGCAAUUAUCAAGGAAAAUGGUGAUGGAUGCUAAAUAAAUAUGCUAUUCCUGGGCGACUCGCAUUCCCAAGGCUGCUGCUGUCUGAAUCUCUGAUGAUUCCCCUGAGGCUCACCCAUGUUUAUUUCUUCGCCCCAGGUGCCUCAAGUGCUCUUGUUCAUCAUUAGUUGUACACAGGUCCUGCAGAAUCUGCUCGCUCAGCCAGGUCCAGCAUAUUGAGAGAUGUAUCCGUGGGUGGACGGACGGACAUGUGCACGGGUAGGUUUGUGCAGCCUGGUUCAGCUAUCAUUUUUAAAUCCAGCUUUGGUUGUGCUUGCUUAAAGCCCAUCUGGCCCUCCGAGCAUACCCAUGUAGCGGCCAAAAAGUGAUUAUUACAAAAUACUUUAGAAUCAGAUAGAACUUUGGUAAAUCUCCAAAAAAGAACCAAUAAAAAUCAUCUCACUCUUCCUUUGCCGCUGUACAUCUUUGCAUUUGUGUGUGUGUGUGUGUGUGUGUGUGUGUGUGUGUUUUGUCUGUGUUGUCCAUGUAAAAGAAGAUUGGGGCAGUGCCCUUGUUUUUGUAGGAUGUGAUUCCGAUAUGUGCAGUAUGAAGCAAACUAGGGUCAAAUGUUAAAGCAGCUGCAAAUUAUUGAAGCAGAUCUACAGGUCUUUCUCUCUGGGAUUUACUCAGCAAAUGUAUCCCGAUCACUCUGUAAAUCUGUUUUGUGAAACAGGAUUUGUGUAAUUAUGUGUGAUGAUCAUAAUUACUAGAAGGUUUAGACGGGACAGAUUAAGUCAUUUUACUUCUCUCUGAUAGAGACGCUGUUGUCCUUGAGGAGUAAAUCCCAGCCAGCUGGUGCUUCAAAACAAAUGCUUAAAUUUGACCCCAGCUUGCCGUGUUGCAGACUUCAGUGGACUCUGCUUCAUUGGAGACUUUCUGUUUGAAUAUUAAGGAGAUUAUUGUCGGGUGGUGUUGGGUUACAGGUGAUGGUGGUGGUAAUGACGUGAAUUGUUAAAAUGAUUUAUGAUGAUAACUAUGACACUUUUAAUGAUGAUUGUGUCUUUUGAUGAUGGCCGCUGUGCACCCAUCAUUGUGUGAACACACUUUAGUGUGCUUUAGCUGCAGCUGAGGUUUGUGGGUAAUGUUUUAAUGUAAAAAUAAAUUACUGCAAAAAUCA